UUCCCCCGCUUUUCCCCCUGUGACCCCACCUUGACACCCAGCAACCUUUUGUCCUCUGCCCCAGCAUGAACGACAUCAUUGUGGUCAGAGAGGGCUGGCUCCAUAAGAGGGGAGAGUACAUUAAGACGUGGAGGCCGCGGUACUUUAUCCUGAAGAGUGAUGGCUCCUUCAUCGGCUACAAGGAGAAACCAGAGAUGUCGUCCGACCACAGCCUCCCACCCCUCAACAACUUCUCUGUGGCAGAGUGCCAGCUGAUGAAGACAGAACGGCCCAGGCCCAACACGUUUGUCAUCCGCUGCCUACAGUGGACCACAGUCAUAGAGCGCACCUUCCACGUGGAGAGUAACGAGGAAAGGGAGGAAUGGAUGAGAGCGAUCCAAGCGGUGGCCAACGGCCUGAAGACGCGAGAGGAAGAGGCGCCCAUGGACAUCACGUUUGGCUCCCCCAGCGACUGCAACAGCAUGGAGGAGAUGGAGGUGGCCAUGUCCAAGUCCCGCAAUAAAGUGACCAUGAGUGACUUUGACUACCUGAAGCUGCUGGGGAAGGGAACGUUUGGUAAGGUGAUCCUGGUGAAGGAGAAGGCCACAGGAAUGUACUACGCUAUGAAGAUCCUGAGGAAAGAAGUCAUCAUCGCUAAGGAUGAGGUAGCACACACGGUAACAGAAAGCAGAGUCCUUCAGAAUACAAGGCAUCCCUUCUUAACGACACUGAAAUACGCGUUCCAAACACAUGACCGGCUAUGCUUUGUGAUGGAAUAUGCAAACGGAGGAGAGCUGUUCUUUCACUUGUCGCGGGACCGCGUGUUCACAGAAGACCGGGCACGGUUCUACGGUGCGGAGAUUGUGUCUGCGCUGGAGUACCUCCACUCACAGGACGUUGUCUACAGAGACCUUAAGCUGGAGAACUUAAUGCUGGAUAAAGAUGGACACAUAAAGAUCACAGAUUUUGGACUGUGUAAAGAGGGAAUCACAGACGGGGCUACCAUGAAGACCUUUUGUGGGACUCCAGAAUACCUUGCACCUGAGGUAUUAGAGGACAAUGACUACGGCCGAGCGGUGGACUGGUGGGGUCUGGGUGUGGUCAUGUAUGAGAUGAUGUGCGGUCGACUGCCCUUCUACAACCAGGACCACGAGCGGUUGUUUGAGCUCAUUCUCAUGGAGGAGAUCCGCUUCCCCAAGAACCUGGCCCCCGAAGCCAAGGCCCUGCUUUCUGGCCUGCUCAAAAAGGACCCCAAGCAGAGGCUUGGAGGUGGACAAGAAGAUGCCAAAGACGUGAUGACUCAUAUGUUCUUCACCACCAUCAACUGGCAGGAUGUGGUAGAGAGGAAGCUCUUGCCUCCCUUCAAGCCCCAGGUGACGUCGGAGACGGACACUCGCUACUUUGACGAUGAGUUCACGGCACAGACCAUCACCGUAACGCCCCCGGACAAGUACCACAGCUUAGAUGCAGAAGACCAGGACCAGCGCACACACUUCCCUCAGUUCUCUUACUCCGCCAGCAUACGGGACUGACCUCUCUCGCACACACUUCCCUCAGUUCUCUUACUCCGCCAGCAUACGGGACUGACCUCUCUCGCACACACUUCCCUCAGUUCUCUUACUCCGCCAGCAUACGGGACUGACCUCUCUCGCACACACUUCUCUCAGUUCUCUUACUCCGCCAGCAUACGGGACUGACCUCUCUCGCACACACUUCUCUCAGUUCUCUUACUCCGCCAGCAUACGGGACUGACCUCUCUCGCACACACGCGUGCACACACACUCACAUGAGCAGGCAAGUUAACACACGUUCACACACACUAGCACUGCUGGGGAAAUGGGCGUUCGCGUGCACACAAACUGACACACUCUCAAACGAACAUUCGCACAAGACACACACACACACCGGGAAGUGGUGAAAACAUGGAUCCUAGAGCAUGACGUGAUGACUGACCUCAGCAGGCCUGUGUGGAUAACCUGGCGACCCUGUCUCUCAUUCUGACGGGACCAGGUGGAACAGGACAGGGCUGCCCUUGGUCAUGCCUGCAGGACCCCACCUGUCUGCCCUCCACACUACUACUACACUGGGUACAUCAAAACAUCGACAACACUUCACCAUCCCUGGGUUAUGCCAGCAAAUACCACCUCACCACCAGCCAAACGCAUGCUGCACCUGUCCAACACACACACUCUGACAAGCAACACAUCAAUCCUCCCAUACACUGCAGAUGUUUUUUUUUGUUUUUUUUACUACUGGAUAAUAAAUUGUAAAAAAUAAUAAUCCAAACAAAUGUAGAAACACAUUAAAGAAAAAAAAUAUUUGGGGGGGGGGGUGAAAAAUAUUUAAAUGUUUUUAUUUUGAUUGUUACGGUUUUAAAAGCCAUAUUUCUGCAAUUUACAAGUGCUCUUGCUGAAACUUGCUGUUACAAGUCGUGUGGACUGUUCCUACGAGGGAAAGCAGGUCGGGAGUGGGAGAGGGGUAAGAUGAAGUCUGUGUGUACCUCGAAGGGUAGCCAUUUCCCUGCUUGCACUGUGUAUAUGAAUGGGUUUGAGUGUGGAAGAGAAUGUAUGAACAACCAUUUGAAUUUCAACAUCUGUUUUAUGUUUAUGUAUCUGCAUGGAUAUCUUUGGAUUCUGCAUGUCGGCUAAACAAGGAGAAGAAAGGACACUACAGCACAGUCAGAGAGUUUUAAAGGGAAAAUAGAGGUGGUGGAGUUGUAGCUUAGGCAGCCCUGUGGAUUGACUUGUUCCCCUGGUGGUUAGAACGGUCAUGAGAAAAGAAAGAAUAGAAGAGUGACCACAGCGCCAGCCUGACCAAUCCCCUGUCUGGAGCCCAGUCCAGAUCCCCACACAGCCAUAGCUGUCAAUCAUUUGUUUGAAUCAUCUGUUCACUUUUUAUUUUGAUGUAAAGAUCUGUUGUUUUUUAAAUAAUUGGAAUAUUCCCAUAUUUAAGGAUGAAAAUGUUUUAAUCAUGGAUCAAUUAUUAUUUGUGAUGAGGCCAAGCUAGACUCAUCACGAGGUGGAUAUUGAAGGUUGUGGUUGGUAUUUUUUAAGUAAUAUAAGACACAGACUAAGGCAUUUGUCAGUAUGUCAGAGUAGGACCAUGUAAACCAGGGUUGGGGUCAAUUCCAUUUAAAUUCAGUCAAUUUAGGAAGUCAACGGUGUUAAAGUCAUGGAUUGAAAUGGAAAUGACUCCAAUUCUGGUGUGAUGUUGUAUAUAAUGACGAGAUGGUCUUGUCUCUGCUCAAACAAUGGGAGUCGUCCCAAAGGCGGGAGGGUAGUCAAUCUGCUUAUCGCUGUAUUCUCUCGUGGACAGAUUGACGGGAGCGGAACCUUCCUCUCUGUGUGACCCUCACAUGAUGCACCAGUCUUGAAUGGUUGCGUACUCCCCGUCAGGCAUGUAGAGAAGUGGUCACAGGUGAAACCAUUGUGGGCCACAGCUAAGUGCUGUGACAUAUUUCAUUUUUGCCUUAAAAAGAUUCAUUCACUCAUGGAACAUUUCAUUUAUCUUUGUUUUUGAUUUAAGUUGUUCCCUUUUGGUCCACCUACUCCAACUUUGGAAGACAUUGUCUCAAUUAUAUAUUAAAUGUGUGUGUAUAUAAAACAAGUUUAAACAUGUUGAUUUUUCUUUAGGUUGUUAAUUUCGAUCAUGCGUGUGUUCCUUUUGUGUGUGUGUACUCAUGCACAGCAGCAGGUUGAUGUGGGGCACUGUGGAACAGGUCUCUAGUCUGUGCUCUAUACCUGUAUCCUCCGUACCUCAGUGGGUUAGUAUAGUCUGACUGCUGUACUCCAAGGCUGAGGCUAUGGGAAACAUCCCUCCACCAUCCAUUCUUGACUAAGGCCCAUAUUCAGCCCUGGUAAAUGCAGCUUCAGAAACGGCAGGACCGGAUUUCAGGAACAACCGCCCUCUGAUGGACCUCUCAUGUCGUCAAUGUUAGGACGACCACGAGGGGGUGCUGUAGACCUUUUGUAAUGUUGACACUGGCAGUAAAGCCACACGGUCUCUGAACCUUGUUGCGUUCUGUCUCAAUAAAGUGAACAUGCUUUGUCUAGUAGUGUGUACACCUAACAUGCAAGCCAACACCCCUGACCUCUCUUGUAGGCUUUACACACAGACAAUCGAUAUGGAUCUCUUCACUGGCAAUGUAAAUAUCAAAAAGUCUUGAUGAAUGCAUCAUUUAUAGGCUAGAAGAGGGGAAAUUCACAGCUUUGUAGAUAGAAUGUGAGUUGUAGCUUUACAAUGAUUACCUUGCUUCUCUGUAUUUUGAAUGUGAUCAAUAGUCACGAAUGUCAUAUCGCAAUGCUGGUGUACCAAGAAUUCUUAGCUUGUUAUUGAGUUGAGCUUUAUCUGGGGAGGAGCUACGGUAAGCAAUAUUUUUAGGGAGAAGACUAUGUCCUGGUAGACAGCUUCAGCUCCCUUGUUACAAGAUUUUACAUUGUGACAAUUAUGUGCCAGUAAAGACUUUUACUGAA